CUGCGCCGGUGCCUCCCGCGGGGCCCGGCGGUGGCGGGGGGACCGGGGGCGCGUCGCUGCUCCAUGUCGGUCCCGUCCUGCGGGAAAUAUGAUCAGCGCCCCUGACGUGGUGGCCUUCACCAGGGAGGAGGAGCUGGAGGAUGAUCUGUACCGCGAGCCGCCCCUGCCUGAGGAGUACUCGGUGCCUCUGUUCCCCUUCGCCGGCCAGGGCGCCAACCCCUGGGCCAAGGUCGCCGGCUCCAAGUUCACCCGGGACUUCAUCCUCAUCUCCGAGUUCUCGGAGCAAGUGGGGCCCCAGCCCCUCCUGACCAUCCCCGAUGACGCCAAAGUGUCGGGCACCUUCGAUCUCAAUUACUUUUCCCUGCGGAUCAUGUCUGUGGAUUACCAGGCAUCCUUUGUGGGACACCCUCCCGGCUCUGCCUACCCGAAGCUGAACUUCGUGGAGGAUUCCAAGGUGGUCCUGGGGGACUCCAAGGAAGGGGCCUUUGCCUACGUGCACCACUUGACCCUGUAUGACCUGGAAGCCAGGGGCUUUGUGAGGCCCUUCUGCAUGGCCUAUAUUUCUGCUGACGAGCACAAAAUCAUGCAGCAGUUUCAGGAACUUUCCACCGAGUUCUCCAAAGCUUCCGAAUGCCUGAAGACGGGGAACCGGAAAGCUUUUGCCAACGAGCUGGAAAAGAAACUGAAAGAUCUUGACUACACCAGGACCGUCCUGCACAACGAGACUGAGCAACAGAAGAAAGCCAACGACAAGGGGUACUACACAACCCAGGCCAUUGAGAAGGCCAACGAGCUGGCCAGUGUGGAAAAGUCAAUCAUAGAGCACCAAGACCUGCUGAGGCAAAUCCGGUCGUAUCCCUACAGGAAGCUGAAGGACUCUGAAUUCCACCCUUACGAGCCAGAGUGUGCCCUGGACCGGGCUGACGUGGGCAGCCAUGAUCAGGACCCGACUGCCUCCGACCCCGCUGAGCCCGGUGAAACUCACCUUUACACCCAUGUGCCAUCCUACACCCCCAAACUCAUCAAAGCCAAGUCUGCCAAGUGCUUUGACAAGAAGCUGAAGACACUGGAGGAACUCUGUGAUGUUUAUUUUUUCACCCAGACCCUCGACCAGUUGCACCAUAUCGAGAGGACUUUUCGAGGGGAUGUUUGUUACCUCCUGACAGAGCAGAUCAGCCGGGCUCUCCUGAAGCAACAGAGUGUCACCAACUUCCUCUUUGAGGAUGUGUCUUUCCUGGAUGAAAAACCUCCUGAAAAGCAGUACAGAGGCUGCCAGGGGCUUGGCCAAGAUGCCAUGGAUGAAAAGUGUUCAGAAGAGUCCCUUGCUCCUAAAGUGGUCAUCAGCCUGGGUUCCUACAAGUCCAGUGUGGAAUGUGUGCCCAUCAAGAUGGAGCAGGAAAUGGAGGACUCUGAAGAACCCAAGAUGUCUGAGUCCGUGAUGUCUGAGCACCAGGAGAACCUGGACUAUCUGGAUGCAGAUAUCAAAGGCAGCAUCAGCAGCGGGGAGAGCAUCGAGGUGCUGGGCACGGAGAAGUCGGCAUCUGGGCUGACGAAAUCAGAGAGCCAGGCCAGCCUGCCCGUCAUGCCCAGCCCCCAGGUGGGCCGCAGCAAGGUGGGCAGCCGGCGCACGGUCAGCGAGGACAGCAUCGAGGUGCUCAGCACGUGUCCCUCCGAGUCCCUCAUCCCUGACGACUUCAAAGCCAGCUACCCAAGUGCCAUUAACGAGGAGCCCUACGCGGAUGACGGCGAGGGAGGCCUUCGCUUCACGCCCAGAGUGAACCCUGGCGUCCACGACGGCCAGGACGACAUCUCAAAGCAGGAAAGCUUAGUGCAGGUGGAUGCUGCCUGUUGUAUCGGGAAGGAGAGUCCCAACUUCCUGGAGCCGCUGCCCGAGCUGGGGCAGAAGCCGUGCGAGGAGGACGGGGUGGUGCGGAUCCCGCCGCAGCCGUACCGGCCGGCCGAGCAGGGGCUGCGCGGGGGCUUCCCCUCCCACGAGGGCCUCUCGGGGGGGCUCCUGCCCUACGAGCUCGACUCGCGCUACCUGACGGGCAGCAGGGAGGUGAGUAAGAGCAGCCUGGACGAGUGCUCGGACUCCACCAGCCACAUCAGCAGCGCUGCCUCCACGUGCUCCGACAGGACCCCGUCCCCCGCCCACCCGGCCUGCGCGGCCGGGGACAGGCACAGGAAGAGGGCUGGGCAGAACGCGCUGCGCUUCAUCCGCCAGUACCCCUUUGCCCACCCCGCCAUCUACUCCCUGCUCAGCGGGAGGACCCUGGUGGUGCUGGGUGAGGACGAGGCCAUGGUCAAGAGGCUGGUGACGGCGCUCUCCAUCUUCGUGCCCAGCUGCGGCGCCUACGCCAAGCCCGUGAAGCACUGGGUCACCUCCGCUCUGCACUUGGUGGAUUUCCAGAAGUGGAAGUUGAUUGGACUCCAGAGGGCUGUGUCCCCUGCCGGGGUGAACGUGCUGCACGCCCUGAGCCGCUACAGCCGCUACCUGAGCAUCCUGGACGCCGACAGCAAGACCCUGCGCUGCCCCCUCUACAAGGGCACCGUGGUGGCCAGGCUGGCCGACCACCGCACGCAGAUCAAGCGUGGCAGCACCUACUACAUGCACGUCCAAAGCAUCCUCACCCAGCUGUGUUCUAAAGCCUUCCUCUUCACCUUCUGCCAUCAUUUGCACCUUCCCAUCAGCGAAAGGGAACCGGAGGAAUCCGUUGUGAAUCGCAGGAUGAACUUCCUAAAGCUUCAACUGGGCCUUGCCAAUGAAGAUAUCAAAAUCGUGCAGUACUUGGCCGAGCUGCUGAAGCUGCACUACAUUCAGGAACCGGGGCAGGGGGGGAACCCCCUGCUCAGAUUUGACUAUGUUCCCAGCUUUUUGUACAAAAUCUAGCCUUGUGCAGGCCGUGUGCCCACGUGCUCGGAGUCUGACAGAGCUCAUCUGUGCUUGACCUUGCCGCUGUCUGCAGCAGCUCUCACACACCGGGAAGGGGCCGAGGUGUUGGUGUCUCUGCUCCUCAGAAAUCCGGGGCUGUGGGAGUGGAUUUCUGGAUUUCUGGGUGUUCCCUGUAGCCAAAAGUGUAGAUGUUCCAUCACAUAAACCAUCAGGCACUCUGUAGAUGUUAGAAGGGGCACUGUUAAAGUGGAUCACAGCAGCAUCCCAGGGGGUUAUGGCAUGAGGGGAGGUGGGCUAUCUGGGGGAUCAAUACUGACUGGUGUGCAGCCCCCAUAUAGCACAGUGUCCUGCAUGCUUCUGCCAGAACCCUGAGCACUGUCAGUCCCUUCCAUGGAGCCAGAGUUGUGACCAGAGGUGUAAAGGCCAUGUGAAGUUUUGUAUCCACUGAUGUGACUCUCACGGGAGUGUAGCUCAGAGCCUCCUGGCAGGGUGGCAGCUCACAGGUCUGUGCACAGCCACAGUGAGUGGUGUCCCUUCCUGCACUGAGUUUCUGGGCACUUCCCAGGAUAGGCUGUCCCUGCAUGACUGGGAGCACAGUGGAGGCAUAGAUGCUUCUCUCCAGAAAGGGUUUCCCAGUGUCUCCCAGCUUGGUUAAAAUCUGGAAGGUGGAAGCAGUCCCUAAGGCUGGUGAGCCCCGAGGCGCCGGCCACUGCGAAUGUAGAGCACUGUGCCUUGUUCAUUUGUCACAUCCUAUUUGCUGGGUGUGCAGGGAGCCUGGGCUUCCUCAGAGCGUGUGAGGUCGGGGGUGGCUCUUUAAAGGCAGAAGGGGACUGAAGGAGGGUGAGGGCCCUCUUUUUAGGUGCUUUUUGUGGUGGGAGAACAAUGUGAUUCGAGCCACGCUGUGAGACAGCAGGCUGUUACCACAGGCUGGUGAGGUACAAGUGCUCAGGAGAGAUCGGGGAUGAAUGUACUGGAUUCUAUGUUUUAUCCAUAAUAGUUUAUUUUAUUUUAUUUUAUUUUAUUUUAUUGGGGAGUUGGCGUUUGUGCUUUGUGAUAAAACAGAGCUGGCAUUGCUGCCUGCUGCUCCUGGCUGAGCCGUUGUCGUGUCCUGACUACCUCUCCCAGGGCUCCUGGGUGGGGCAGAACUGCAGCUCUCUGAGCCUGGGUACUGAGAACUUUUCAUUUCAAAGCUUCUGUGCCAUAAAGGAGGUGCCACCAACGUGGUGACACUCCCAGGUGGUUCCUGUCAGUGCCCAAAGCUUUGUGCCUGGGCACAGCGCUUCCCUCUGGAGUCUCAUGGGUGAUCCUGGGUCUGGGCUGCUCUGCCCAGUGCCACGUGGCAGCAGCAGCUCCCAAGGUACUUCUAAGUAAGAAAAGUCUUUCUAGGAAAGCUAAUCUUGGUUUUAAUUCUUUUUAAUGCUGAUUAUGGGGCGAGAGCUGCUGAGAUCAUACAAGAGCUGAUCUGUUCUUUAGUUUGUUGGGUUUUUUUUAAACUUCUGUUUAUGGUGAUAAUGUAAGGCAGCUUUGGAGAUGAAUGUGAUCUUCCUUCUGAGCUUGGGAGGUUUCUGUGUGCAGCCUGGAGGUUCUCCAGCGUGGCUUAGACCCCACUGAGACUUGCUGUGAGACCUGCACUCCUCCAAAACCAUGUCUGGAGGCAGGGAGGUUCCUUGGGGAGGCUGUCAGUUUGCACCAGCAUCAGUGCCUCAGGAUCAUGCCACCUUCUCCUCUCCCCUGGAAAGGGCUCUCUGGGGUAUAAACCAACAGGGCAGAAAAGUUGUUUUUAAGGUUAUUGCUGUUUGUGGUGGCUCAGCCAAGUUGGCCUCGUGGUUCUCUCCAGAGGGAUUUCAGGGGUUGCUUGUGAUGGUGUUUUGAGGUCGUGGUUGAAAGCAGUGAGGUGUGGCCUUUGCUGAAGGUGAGCUUCUCACCUUUAUAUUGUGUUCAAAGCCUUUUCCUGUCCUGCCUGUGCCCUCCUGUCUCAUGUGAGCUGAGUCUGCUGGUGAAAGGCCUCUGUGUCCAUCCAACUGGCUGCUUCCUGACGUGCCUCAAGGUGCCCCCUGAUUGAUUCAUGCACACCCAAACUCCCACACUAAAGCUGAGGUGAGAUUCCCUGGGGAAAGAGGCCUCUGGCUAGAUGAGUAGUGCAGGUGACACCAGGCACAUGAAAGCUCUCAGCAACCUGCUCUGCAGCAGUGCUCAAAACAGGAGCUUGUUUCCUGCUGGGAAACCACCUAGUGCUGUUUGAGUUUAAGGAGGGAGGGAGGGACAGACUUUUUUCCUGCUGACUCACAUGUCUUCCUCCAGCACGGAGUGGGAGAGAUGAUUCGAGGUGGCUCAUCUUAGUCACAGUGGUUUCGACCUGUUGUGUUCGACUGUGCUCGUAAAUUGAAAAAUAACUCACUUCUUGCUCCCUCUGUCCAACCUGUAGUAUCUGAUAUUCAAGGAUGUGUUGAGCAAUACUUGCACUUCACCUAUCUGACCUGCUUCACCUCUCUGCCACAAAGCAGCCCUGAUUCGGGAGGAUGCCCCAGGGGCUUGGCUGGAACAUCACCCAAUUCCCAACAGGAGCUCUGGGAUCAUCUGCAACUGGGAGCUGUGGAGAAACACGCCCUGGAGUGCUUGUCCUCCUCUCAGCAGUGUAACCUCUGAACUUGGACUGGAAAAGGGGGAGUUGACAAACGGGCUAUGGCACCUCUGGGCAUUUGGAGCCCUCUCUGUUUGUGGUGGCAGAAGCUGGGGGGAUUCCGAGGGCAGCUGGUGUCUGGGAGCUGAGUUCCUCUUUCCUCUGUAAUGUCUCUGUUCUUCUGCUGCUGUACAGUACAGAUCCUUGUAUUGGCACUUUAGGAUUUUCCCCAUCUCUGGUGUACCUCACCAGUUUCUGAUAUUCACAGACUAACAACAAGCCACAGCCUUUGCACUGAUAGCUCCUGCCACGACGUGUGUGUCGUCAUCUUGCCUGAGCCAUCCUUCCACGAGGAGCAGGGGGGUUCCUGGCCGUGGCAGUGCCAUCCUCAGCAGCCUUUCAGCUGCCAGAGCCAGCGGUGCCCUGCAUGGCCGUGUCCCCUGAUUCCGUGAGUGCUGCCAGCCCAGCAUGUCCCCGCUCCCGCACGGCCCCACUGGCUCCCCCAGGCUGCCAGGGAGGGGAGGCGUUCACCUGACCGAGAAUUCAUCAGAGCAGAAGCCUCCCCCGGCCAGGAGGGAGGGCUCCCGUUUCCCACUCCUGCUUUUCCCAGCUGCCAGCCCCUGCUCUGCUCUCCACUAACCCCCCCCCCCCCCCCCGCUUCCAGCUCCAACCCCAGGAGGCUCAGCCAUAGCUGUAGGUGAUCUUAACCCUACAAAGGUUUCAUUUCUCAGAGAACAGUGCUCAGAUUUCCUUUCAUCUGAUAGCAAUCACUUCUGAGCAGCUCCACAGCUGCCUUGCCUCGGCAGGGAAGAGCUGCCUAUACUCUAGCAAUAUUCACCGUGGUGGGAGGGUGGGAGAGGCACUCCAGGGGUGGGAGCUGAUGGCCCUGUGCCCCCAGGCCAGUUCUUUGGGUUUGAUUGAGCAUGAGGGUCCUGAGCCUCUGGUCUGGUGGUGGGGGCCAGCCCACGCUGCAGAUUCUAGGAGCUGGGCAGGACCUGGGGCUUGCAGCAGCACAGUAACAGGGUCUGAGGGAAUUCAGGGAGCUGCCCAGGCUGCAGGAGAACACCUGCCCCAGAGCACAAUGUCAGAGCACCAAACUGCACCCCGAUGUUGGAGGGGUCACAAACCCCCACCCGCUGCUCCCUGGGACGGAUUUAACUGGAAGGCAGAAGCAGGGUACCCGGUCCUGCCGGCAGCACGGCUGCUGGCACGGGGAUGGGGCUGGGCUUGGAGCUGCCUCUGAAGGCUGCCAGGAGGCUGUGAUGAAUUCUCAUCUUAUUUUAAAAGCACUGUAUCCUAUUCCUGCAUGUUGAGUUCCGUGUGUGUGCCUGUGCGUGCAGAAUGCUUGCGUCAGUAGUUAGGGCGAGUGUGACCGGGAGAAACCCAAGAAGCAUGUCUUAGUGUCGUGCUGUAAGUGUUACUGCACAAGAGUUUAACAGAUGUUAACACCAAAUGACUAGUCUGAGAAAUGUACUUUUAAAAAAAAAAUAUUUAUUUGGGUUCAGAUAUUUUUGAAAUACAAAAAAAAAAAAAAAAAAAAAAAAUUGGUCGUAUUUUUUAAAGCUUAUAAUUCUUGUCAUACGUUGUGGUUCAAUUCUUAAUUUUACCGUGCUUAUUAAAAAUGGUUCAACCUAA